GGCCGGGCGAAAACAAGAAACGUUGAGAUGCUGAUGACAGCGGAAAAUUCUAGCAAUGCGGCUCAUGUACGCCAGCUUCGUGAAUGCCUAGGAGAUGUCAAACUACGGUAGAGGCGCUGUGGCUGAGGCUUGUGACACCACGUACCUCAGCUGCCAAGCCUCCCUGCAUCCACCCGCUUAUAUGCAUGACGGGGGUGAGCGAGAGACGAGCGACACCCCAGAGCGUUCUUUGGAUGGGACCUGCUCCCGUGUUUCCUGAGGCGCUCUUGCUCGUGCACCCUGUUGUCGCCCUCAGACAACUUCUUUAAUCUGCCUUGCCUAACCAUCAUAUCUUUGCAUCGCACAAAUGAAGUCCUUCACUUUUAUUCUUUACCUGCUCGUUGGUUUCCCUUUUUGCUCCGCCUGGGGUAACCUGGCCCAUCGGACCAUCGCCUUGCUCGCCCAAAAGUACUUCACGCCCGAGGCAUCGUGGUAUACAAGAGAUCUGUUGGGAAAGGAAACUAUCGAUUCCGCGGCCAUCUGGGCAGACACCUAUAAACUACUUCCAUGGGGCCGCGACACCGCUUCCUGGCACUUUGUGGAUGCUCUGGAUGAUCCACCGAACUCGUGCAGUGUCGACUAUCACCGAGAUUGCCAUCCGAACCGGACAUGUAUCAUAACUGCUACUAUGAACAUGACCGAGAAAAUAUCAGAGACCACAAUAGCAUCAAGGGAGAGGCAGAAGGCACUGAAGUUUCUCUUGCAUCUCAUCGGCGACUUGCACUGUCCUCUUCAUGCCGAAAGCAUCGAACGCGGCGGCAAUGACAUCCUCGUCUUAUAUCGUGGCAUCAAAACGAACUUGCAUUUUGCAUGGGAUGUCCUCAUACCGCGAGAUAUCGCUGGCGGGGAAGGACUGAACGAAGUCGAAACGGCAUACGCCUGGGCCGAACGCCUCUAUAACAAGAGCACGAAUGAAUACGGUAAUGCCGCUCUUGUCGGUGUCCAUGGGCUACAAGACCUUGAGCAAGCUACGAGCACUAAAGAACUUUUGCUACGCUGGGCCACGGAAGCCAACGAACUGGUGUGUCGUAUCGUGCUGAAAGAUGGAGUGGAGGAUGUGAGGGGGAAAGAGCUAUCAGGAGAGUAUUACCAAGGUUCAGUCGCAGUCGUCGAACAGCAGAUCACUAGGGCAGGCAUAAGGCUGGCAAUGUGGAUGAAUUUGCUAGCGGAGAAAGAAGCAAGACUCAAGUGGGACAAGGAAGAAUUAAGGUAGUGACUACGGACCAUAUCGCGAAGCCCAAACGCCGAGCCAACGAAACCUAUUGUUUGCCC